AUGCGCUCCAAGUUCAAGGACGAGCACCCCUUCGAGAAGCGAAAGGCUGAGGCCGAGCGCAUUCGCCAGAAAUACGCUGACCGCAUUCCUGUCAUUUGCGAGAAGGUUGAGAAAUCGGACAUCGCCACCAUCGAUAAGAAGAAGUACCUAGUGCCCGCCGACCUCACCGUGGGGCAGUUUGUCUAUGUGAUCCGCAAGCGCAUAAAGCUUUCACCCGAGAAGGCCAUCUUCAUCUUCGUGGAUGAGGUUCUUCCUCCAACAGCUGCGCUUAUGAGCAGCAUCUACGAAGAGCACAAGGAUGAAGAUGGCUUUUUGUACAUCACAUACUCCGGCGAGAACACUUUCGGUGACCUUUAG